UGGGGCACUAAAAGAACAAUAUUGAAGUAGGUUAACUGCUUCGCAGUAUGUCCCUAGGAAGCACUAGGAGUGAUGAAGAAAUAAAUCAAGGAAUUAGGUUUAUAAUUCAAAUUCAUGUUUUUAAAUGUAGUUAAAUCCAAUAAAUUAAUAAAUCAUUUUUAAAUUGAGAAAUAAGUAGACAUUUAGAACCAUUUAUUCAAUUCGUGUUUUAAACUCUUGAUAGGCUAAUACAUUUGCAAAUUACAAAUAAAAUAUAUAUAAAUAUAAAAGUUUGUCUAUUUAAAAGUGCUAUUAUUACAUUUUUGUGCUUGAAUUAUUAAAUUGAUAACUUGUUCCUUCAUUUUAUUUUUACAUGUCACUCCUAGCCCUCCACAUGUGUUCCCAAAUACUGAACGUGACAGAUAAACCAUGCUUUAUUCCAUUGUAGUUUGGCAGUGUUUCCAAAACUACAGUUCCCACAAUGCAGUACUGUGAGUGACGUUGCACGCCUAUGAAAACACGAGAGACGUGCAACUUUUGACAGUUCCGGAAAAAUUCACAGGGAUACUUCACAACUGAAAUCAGGAGUAAUGGGCGACUGACAUGUCAUGUAACGAACUAAAGCAAAUGUAUUAACAUCUUUGCUCCAUUAAAAAAAAAAAAAAAGUUUCCACGAAAUUGUUGACAAAUAAGUGUCAGUAUGCUGAGCCGAUCUAUAGUCGUGCAAAGUCUCAGGAGUAUUAGAGACAGGUUUUUUGAUACAAGACGACAACGAAAUGAGCAAAGUGAUGGCCAGGGGCCUGCUAAUGACGUCACGGGCCCCUCUCUGGAUAACCUACCGGUUGACAUGCAGUUUCUCAUUAUGACCUUCCUGUCUCCACAAGACCUCUGCAGACUGGGAGGCACCAGUACAUACUGGCGGUCAAUGGUUCGAGACCCUGUCCUGUGGAAGUACUUCCUGUUGCGUGAUAUGCCACUCUGGCAGUCAGUUGACCAUUUAUCAGUGCCUCAAGUCAAGCUCAGUGGCUCAGCUGUGCUGGAUGACUCUGAGAUGCAGCUUGAUUAUAUGGCAGAGUAUCUACGUGUUUGUCCGGCCUGUCGAAACCAAUGGCGACACCAACCCAGAGUGUUUGAAUCUGUGACGUCCUUCUUCCAGUCCCUUGUACCGGUUUCAGAGCCACAGUUUGCCAUGUUCGGCCCGGGGCUUGAGCAGUUGGAGAUUUCCCUCAUGAAUACGAUCAUGCGUUCCCCUCAUGUACUGCCUGUAGCAGGACUACCUCAGCGUCAGAUUGAUGGCAUUGGAUCUGGAAUCAGUUUUAAGUACAAAGAUCAGCACAGAUUCAAUAUUGCAACUUUAUAUUCGACUAACAGGUCAGAGCGAGAGAGAGCACGUCUGGAGCACCUCAAUCUGCGCAGUAAACUCUUCAUCUAUGAGGAGGAUAGUGAGUCCAACAUACCCUUAAGCAUCAACCCCAUGUUCAAUCAAGUAUGUCAAGCUGUGAAUGGAUUCAUCUUUGUGGUCAAUGCUGAGACAGAAAGAGACCGAGGGUGGGAGGAGGAAAGUGCCCAGAUCAGGGUUAUUUUAGACCCUGCGGUGGGUGCUGUGUCUCGCCCUAUCCUGGUGCUCUCCUGUGUGUCUAGAGAGACAGCAGACAGACGCAGGAUACCUUGUGUGACUGUUGCCCAUCAGCUACAGCUCAGCUCACUGACCAACCCUUGGAUGGUUCAGGACACUGCUGCGGAAACACUGACAGGACUGCUGGAUGGCAUUGAUUGGCUGCUGAGGCACUCUGGAGUCAAACUAUAACCAAUAAGAAAUCUGAAAGCUGCUGGAUGUGUUAUAACAGAGGCCUUUCAAUCAUCUUAUUAUCUUAUUAAUAUACAACAUACAAGUCACACCAUUGUAGUGGUUAUGCUUUUGGAGGUGACCACAGUCAUGCCAUGAAAUCAAUUGACAUAAUUCAGUGAACUGUUUUUACAUUAAACUUUUUGGCACUAAAUGUUGUCCUUUAAUUUACUUAUUAGAUUUUUUAAAGAAAAAUAGCAUUUUUCAUUUUUUUAAGGGAAAUUAUAGCUCUGAAGGCAAUAUUACACAAGCAAGAGUGAUUUUGUACUGAAUAUCAACAUGUCUGAAAAUUGACUGUGGGCAGGUGAUAUUCAGAAUCAGAAUAACAUGUUAUGAUUGUGAUACAAUGUAGUUCAAUAAAGAAGAAGUUAAUAUUAAUCAGCUUACAUUUUAGACACGAUUUUGCCUGUUACUUCUCUCUUCUUUUGCUUUGCAAACAAAGCAGACCCAACCAUCUCCAAACAACUAUAA